AAAAGUCAGCCACUUACCUGUCCCUCGGUCCCGUGGUGUGUCCCCCGUAGCCCGUUUCACUGGCAGUCCUGUAUUCCAGGAGGCCGGCAUUUUCAGUGUGGACACGUGGCUGUGAUAGCUUGCGGCUUCACAGCCAGGUACCCAGUGCGCAUACGUGAGUAGCGCUGCACUUCAUGAAUGGUCCUGUAGUCUUCUGGGACCUGUCACGUGUCCCAAAAGACUACAGGGAGGGCGGGAGGACACCUUCCGCUUCCGAUCGCCUAGGUGAUCGGACCAGAAGUGGGAGCGGGUACCUGUCAAAUUCAGGUACCCGCUCCCCAAAGGUGCCAAUCCUUAAUGGGGAGCGGGGGAGCAGUCCUUAAAGCGGAACUUCUCCUUUUGGUUGGAGCUCCGCUUUAAG